UGGCUUCCCCGUGUCUGACGGGCUGAAGUCUGCGGAGGGGCAGGGGUUUCGGGAGCUGUGUGGCGUCGUGGGCUCUUCGCCAUGCAGAAGAUCAAGUCGCUCAUGACCCGCCAGGGUCUCAGAAGUCCUCAGGAGAAUGUUCAUGACCUCAGUCCUAUUGAGAAUUUUCGGAUUCCUAGCAAGGAGGAAUUCAGAGAGCUGCGGGAACAACCAAUUGAUCCUCAAGCACAGCAAGAAAUAAUUAAUAGCAUUGAAGAAGUGUAUUUUUCCAGUGAUUCAUUUGAUAUUGUUAAGUAUGAAUUGGAGAAGCUUCCUCCUGUCCUUAGUCUUCAGGAAUUGGAAGAAUACAGAGAUAAAUUAAAGCAACAACAAGCUGCUGUAUCUAAAAAGGUUGCAGACUUGAUUCUUGAAAAGCAGCCUGCAUACGCUAAGGAACUUGAACGUGUUACAUCUUUACAGACUGGCCUUCAGUUAGCUGCUGUCAUUUGCACAAAUGGAAGAAGGCACCUGAACACUGCAAAGGAAGGCUUUACACAAGCUAGCUUGGGGCUUCUUGCAAAUCAAAGAAAACGGCAAUUGCUUAUUGGACUACUAAAAUCUCUGAGAACAAUAAAAACACUGCAAAGAACUGAUGUACGUUUAAGUGAAAUGUUGGAGGAGGAGGAUUAUCCAGGAGCUAUCCAACUAUGCUUGGAAUGUCAGAAAGCAGCCAGCACUUUCAAACACUACAGUUGUAUAAGUGAAUUGAAUUCUAAACUGCAAGACACUUUGGAGCAAAUAGAGGAACAAUUAGAUGUGGCUCUGUCCAAAAUAUGCAAGAACUUUGAUAUCAGUCAUUAUACCAAGGUGCAGCAAGCUUAUAGAUUACUUGGAAAGACGCAGACAGCAAUGGACCAACUACAUAUGCACUUCACUCAAGCCAUUCACAACACUGUUUUUCAAGUAGUUCUUGGGUAUGUAGAACUGUGUGCAGGAAACACAGACACCAAAUUUCAGAAGCUACAGUACAAGGACCUCUGCACCCAUAUUACAUCUGACAGCUACAUUCCAUGUCUUGCUGAUCUCUGCAAAGCACUUUGGGAAGUCAUGCUUAGCUAUUAUCGAACCAUGCAAUGGCAUGAGACACAUGAUCGAGAUGGGGGAGCUGCUUUAUCUUCAGUUUCAGAUGGCAGCAAUGCAAUUGGAGCUGAGGAGACCAAUUUUGACCGCAGUUAUGUAAAAAAGAAAUUAGAACAUGGACUUUCAAGAAUAUGGCAGGAUGUUCAGCUGAAAGUGAAGACAUAUCUGCUAGGAACAGACCUGUCUAACUUCAAAUAUGAUGAUUUCAUUUUUGUACUAGAUAUUAUCAGCAGGCUGAUGCAAGUUGGAGAAGAAUUUUGUGGAAGUAAGUCAGAAGUUUUGCAAGAAUCUAUUAGAAAACAAAGUGUUAACUACUUUAAAAAUUAUCACAGAACCCGUCUUGAAGAACUUCGAAUGUUCUUGGAGAAUGAGACCUGGGAGCUUUGUCCUGUUAAGGCAAGCUUUAGUAUUUUACAGCUUCAUGAGUUUAAAUUCAUGGAGCAGUCACGUUCACCAUCCGUGUCACCUAGUAAGCAGCCUGCUUCAGCAAUUUCUACAACAGUCACUUUAUUUGAGCAAUAUUGUAACGGAGGAAACCCAUUUGAAAUUCAAGCCAAUAAUAAAGAUGAGGAGACAGAAGAUGUACUUGCUUCUAAUGGGUAUGAAUCUGAUGAACAGGAAAAGAGUGCAUAUCAAGAGUAUGACAGUGACAGUGAUGUUCCAGAAGAGCUGAAAAGAGAUUAUGUGGAUGAACAGACAGGAGAUGUCCCUGUAAAAAGCAUUUCUCGAGAGACCCUGAAAAGCAGGAAGAGAUCAGAUUAUAGCCUCAACAAGGUGAAUGCCCCCAUUCUGACAAACACUACGCUGAAUGUAAUAAGGCUUGUUGGGAAAUACAUGCAGAUGAUGAACAUUCUGAAACCAAUUGCAUUUGAUGUGAUCCACUUCAUGUCCCAACUUUUUGAUUACUAUCUAUAUGCAGUAUAUACAUUUUUUGGCCGAAAUGACACGUUUGAAUUAACAGGACUGGGUCUCAGCAGUAGCAGACUGCGAACCACACUGAACAGGAUCCAAGAGAGCCUGAUUGAUCUGGAGGUCUCUACUGAUAGCACUGUUACCCUCACAGCUGUGGAAGAGAGAAAGGAAAAAGUGCCAAGCCUGCAUCUCAGUCAUCUGGUAGUUUUGACAUCUGGAAAUACACUGUAUGGUUUGGCAGAGAGAGUGGUAGCCACAGAAUCAUUGGUAUUUUUGGCUGAGCAGUUUGAGUUCCUUCAGCCACAUCUUGAUACUGUGAUGCCUGCUGCCAAGAAACCCUUUCUCCAGCAGUUCUAUUCUCAGACUGUGUCAACUGCCAGUGAACUACGCAAGCCAAUUUAUUGGAUUGUUGCUGCUAAAGCUAUUGACUAUGAACAGAUGCUGCUCCUCAUGGCUAAUGUGAAAUGGGAUGUGAAGGAAAUCAUGUCACAGCACAAUAUAUAUGUAGAUUCCCUAUUAAAAGAAUUUGAACAGUUUAACAGGAGGUUAAAUGAGGUGUCUAAAAGAGUCCGUAUUCCAUUGCCAGUAUCAAAUAUUCUUUGGGAGCACUGCAUAAGAUUAGCUAACAGAACUCUUGUGGAAGGUUAUGCCAAUGUCAAGAAGUGCAGCAAUGAGGGACGUGCCUUGAUGCAACUGGACUUUCAGCAGUUUUUAAUGAAGCUGGAAAAGCUCACUGACAUUAGGCCGAUUCCUGAUAAGGAAUUUGUGGAGACCUACAUUAAAGCUUACUAUCUAACUGAAAAUGACAUGGAGCGCUGGAUUAAGGAACAUAGGGAAUAUUCUACCAAACAACUGACCAAUCUGGUGAACGUUUGUCUGGGAUCCCACAUCAACAAAAAAGCAAGACAGAAACUGCUGGCCGCUAUUGAUGACAUAGACAGACCUAAAAGAUAAUUGGAGAAAAACCGCCUUUCCUUGGGACUGGAACCUCUUUAAUAUGAAGCAUGCAAGCAGAUCUCUUACGGACUACUGACAAUGUUCUGCUAACAAAACCAGUGUGCAUGGCUCUUUUUAUUGGCAUAGGAAACUCUGAAUCAGUGUGGUGUUCUAAAUAUACUUUUAUAAUCUGUAGGGAUUUUUUUGAUUUUUUUUUUUCCUGUUUCUUUUGUUACUUCCCUUUACAAAAAGGGUGCUCUUAAUGUAUCAUUGUUUAGCUGUAUAUUUUGCAAGACUGUAUACUACUAGUAAAAGUAAAUUAAAAACGCAUUGGCUUAAUAUAUAGUUGGUGCUCUUUUUGGGAAAGGAAUUACUUUAAAAUGUGGUGAUUUUUUUCCCUCUGAGAACUUGUGCUUCAUUAUGAAUAUCUGUAAAGUGAAGGAAAAUGGACAAUAUCUUCUAAUGAUGGGCCUUGAAACUUGCAUGUGAAUUGAGUGCACAUCUGCAAAAUACCUUAAUGUUAAAUCCAUAGUCUUUGUAUGUAUUUUUAAAUGUAAGUUUAUUUCAAAAUUAAUUUAGUUAUAUAAGGUAAUAAAUAGUGUACACUAAUAUGAA